UACCAUUGAUUGGAAAAUAUUAAUCCGAGGAAUUGUAGUAGCAAAUCGCAAGAGGGCGUUCUUUCUUUCCCAAGUGCGCCGCGUGUGCGAGUAUUUCGCAAGCCGGUCCCUAUAACACAACAUCAUGCCAAGAGUAGUGUGCAGCAAGACCAGUGUGACGCCCAGGCGUCCCUUUGAGAAGGAGCGUUUGGACCAGGAGUUGAAGCUCAUCGGCGAGUACGGCCUGCGCAACAAGCGUGAGGUGUGGCGGGUCAAGUACACCCUGGCCAAAAUCAGGAAGGCUGCCCGGGACCUGCUGACACGAGAAGACAAGGAUGCCAAGAGGCUGUUCGAAGGUAAUGCCCUUCUGCGUCGUCUGGUCCGUGUUGGAGUGCUGGACGAGACCAAGAUGAAGCUUGAUUACGUCCUGGGUCUGCGAGUGGAGGACUUCUUGGAGCGUCGUCUGCAGACGCAGGUCUUCAAGUCUGGUCUGGCCAAGAGCAUUCAUCAUGCCCGAGUCCUCAUUCGCCAGCGUCACAUCCGCGUCCGGAAGCAGGUGGUGAACAUCCCCUCCUUCAUCGUCCGUCUGGACUCCCAGAAGCACAUUGACUUCUCCCUGAGGUCUCCGCUGGGCGGUGGACGCCCGGGCCGCGUCAAGCGCAGGAACAUGCGCAGAGCCCAGGGCGGGGCUGGUGAUGAAGCUGAAGAAGAUGAGGAUUAAACAGGAUGCUGCAAAGGGAGGACUGGUGUCUAGAGAGAAACCACCCAUGGAAUAGGCUUGUCUAAACACCCGUCUUUUGAAGACUGCUCUAUCUUUGGUCAUUCCAAGAUGGACAUAGCAAUAGCUUGCUUGAUUCUGGUCCAAAGGAUUCAGGUGUACCAAAUGGAGCUAGUAAUUAAAUAACGAUGAGCAACUUGAGCUUUUCACUGAUUGAGUAGUUAAUCAUGAUGUCCUAAAAUUACUUCACUUCAUCACACAACACUGCUCGUGAAUUUUGACAAUUCAUUGCUUGAUAAAAAUAAGAAUAUCUGUUUCCUUGUGGACAUGGAGGUUUGUGAAGUUUCCCUGAGACACCUUAAAAACAUCUUGUUCUUCCUUUUAGCAAAAAUGAAAAGCAGCAUAAUAAAAAGCCCUUUAUGUUGGGCUAACAUGAAAAAUGACAGUAAAAGA